UGCGCAAUUCCGUUAGGCAAAAUGCAGAACGAAAUUGCUGAUGUGUGAAUGGGGCCUUAUGUGGGGGCCGGGGAGGUCCGCCGCAGCCCCCGUUCUUAUCGUCGAGGUCGUAGUUCAGUUUAGAGCGUCCAGUGGUAAAUUCCCUUUGCGCAGCCAGCGGUGGACAUGAGCGUCUGCCAGUGUCGGGGGGCCACAGAUUUUGAGGGGUCCAGUUACAGUAGCUUUUAGAUUCUAAUUCCGCUCUACAGGAAAGAGGGGCGCCAUAAUCCAUCCAUAAUAUAUGGGGGUCCGGCACAGAGCAGGCGCGAGGGGCUGCAAGAGCUUCACAAGGACUAAGGGCAGGAGGGGCAGCAUCUCUGGAGCAGUGGGGGGGCGAGUAUGCUGGGGUCGGAGGUCAUCCUGACGUCACGCAGAGGCUGAAUAGAGGGGUUAGGACGGGAGGAAGAAGGGGAGGCUCGAUGAACGCCCCCCACACAGAGGCAUCCGUAUUCUCGAAGCUCUCCGCACGACCGCUUUUUGAUUUUUGUUCAGAAAACACACAUUUCAGAUAAAGUAUUCUACAUAACGGACAAAUGGGCGCUAGAAUCCGGCAGCCGCGAAAGUGCCCUCAGCGCCACCGAACCCUAACAGCGAUAAAACUCUGUCUGCUGGGCUCUUGGACGCCUCCACGUGUUCCGCCAUUUUCAUCUCUUUACGUGCGGUUCUGUUGCCUCGCUCGUCCACAUUAUUUUGUGAGUUACGGGAGCAUCUCUUUCAUCAGGAGAAGGGGCCGCCCAUGUCCCUGCAGAUGUGGCCUCAGUGCAGAGAAGGGGCCGCCCAUGUCCCUCCAGAUGUGGCCUCAGUGCAGAGAAGAGGCCGCCCAUGUCCCUCCACAUGUGGCCUCAGUGCAGAGAAGGGGCCGCCCAUGUCCCUCCACAUGUGGCCUCAGUGCAGAGAAGGGGCCGCCCAUGUCCCUCCACAUGUGGCCUCAGUGCAGAGAAGGGGCCGCCCAUGUCCCUCCACAUGUGGCCUCAGUGCAGAGAAGGGGCCGCCCAUGUCCCUCCACAUGUGGCCUCAGUGCAGAGAAGGGGCCGCCCAUGUCCCUCCACAUGUGGCCUCAGUGCAGAGAAGGGGCCGCCCAUGUCCCUCCACAUGUGGCCUCAGUGCAGAGAAGGGGCCGCCCAUGUCCCUCCACAUGUGGCCUCAGUGCAGAGAAGGGGCCGCCCAUGUCCCUCCACAUGUGGCCUCAGUGCAGAGAAGGGGCCGCCCAUGUCCCUCCACAUGUGGCCUCAGUGCAGAGAAGGGGCCGCCCAUGUCCCUCCACAUGUGGUCGAGAAGGGGCUGCCGGGAGCCAUGACCGGUAACGUCUUGGAGACGUGACCCAGAGAGUCCGGCUGGUCUUCAGCAGAGAUUUCAGCUCUGCAGUCUGUAGAAUUGUGAGUGCAGCUCUAGAGUAUAAUUUAGCCCCAGAUCCGGUUCCAUCAUGUAGACCUCUUCAUCCACCCCUGCCCUGAUACAUUGUAACGGCUCAUUCCACCCCGCACCUCAUGUACUGUCACAUGCUUCUGCACCGCUGGGUCCUAACGAGUCUGUAACGAAACUGGAGACACUUACCUGACCUAAUACCCAUCCUAGGGACGUUUAUGGGUAAAUACUGGGCCGCAGAUGCUUCCUGCUCUCACCUGUGGGUGACGCCUCUGCUGUUUACACCUUCAUGCCUCCAUGUCCGCUGUGUGUGGGGGUUAUUCUCUGUCCGCGGCCUCCACGUCCGCUGUGUGUGGGGGUUAUUCUCUGUCCGCGGCCUCCAUGUCCACUGUGUGUGAGGGUUAUUCUCUGUCCGCGGCCUCCAUGUCCGCUGUGUGUGAGGGUUAUUCUCUGUCCGCGGCCUCCAUGUCCACUGUGUGUGAGGGUUAUUCUCUGUCCGCGGCCUCCAUGUCCACUGUGUGUGAGGGUUAUUCUCUGUCCGCGGCCUCCAUGUCCGCUGUGUGUGAGGGUUAUUCUCUGUCCGCGGCCUCCACGUCCGCUGUGUGUGGGGGUUAUUCUCUGUCCGCGGCCUCUAUGUCCGCUGUGUGUGGGGGUUAUUCUCUGUCCGCGGCCUCUCUGUCCGCUGGGUGUGGGGGUUAUUCUCUGUCCGCGGCCUCCACGUCCGCUGUGUGUGGGGGUUAUUCUCUGUCCGCGGCCUCUAUGUCCGCUGUGUGUGGGGGUUAUUCUCUGUCCGCGGCCUCCACGUCCGCUGUGUGUGGGGGUUAUUCUCUGUCCGCGGCCUCUAUGUCCGCUGUGUGUGGGGGUUAUUCUUUGUCCGCGGCCUCCACGUCCGCUGUGUGUGGGGGUUAUUCUCUGUCCGUGGCCUCUAUGUCCGCUGUGUGUGGGGGUUAUUCUCUGUCCGCGGCCUCCACGUCCGCUGUGUGUGGGGGUUAUUCUCUGUCCGCGGCCUCUAUGUUUUCUGUGUGUGGGGGUUAUUCUCUGUCCGCGGCCUCUACGUCCGCUGUGUGUGGGGGUUAUUCUCUGUCCGCGGCCUCCACGUCCGCUGUGUGUGGGGGUUAUUCUCUGUCCGCGGCCUCCACGUCCGCUGUGUGUGGGGGUUAUUCUCUGUCCGCGGCCUCCACGUCCGCUGUGUGUGGGGGUUAUUCUCUGUCCGCGGCCUCCAUGUCCGCUGUGUGUGGGGGUUAUUCUCUGUCCGCGGCCUCCACGUCCGCUGUGUGUGGGGGUUAUUCUCUGUCCGCGGCCUCCACGUCCGCUGUGUGUGGGGGUUAUUCUCUGUCCGCGGCCUCCAUGUCCGCUGUGUGUGGGGGUUAUUCUCUGUCCGCGGCCUCCAUGUCCGCUGUGUGUGGUAAUUAUUCUCUGUCCGCGGCCUCGCUGUGUGUGGGGGUCAUUCUCUGUCCGCGGCCUCCAUAUCCACUGUGUGUGGGGGUCAUUCUCUGUCCGCGGCCUCCAUGUCCACUGUGUGUGGGGGGGGCAGUUAAUGAAUAAUGUUAUAUUGUAACUGAUUUUUGCAGGAAGUGAAACAGGAAAUCAACCAGCGCUUCACGAUCAGCGACCUC